CGGAUGGAUUCGUUUUCCCAAUAGCAGCAAUUUGGCACCAGCGGAAAAAGAAGCAGCUCCAAACGACAACAGCCAAUCCACCCAUCAACAUGUCAUUUGGACGAGGAGCUCCGCGCGGUCGCGGCGGCGGUGGCUUCGGCGGUCGCGGAGGCGGCGGGUUUGGUGGCCGUGGUGGUUUCCAACAGAGAGACAUGGGUCCUCCCGCAACGAUUCUCGAGAUGGGCAAGUUCAUGCAUGCUUGCGAAGGCGAGAUGAUCUGCGAGAGCAUCAACCCCAAGGUUCCUCACUUCAAUGCGCAAAUCUUCCUCGAAAACAAGACGGCUGUCGGCAAGGUUGACGAAGUUCUCGGCCCCAUUAACCAGGUGUACUUCACCAUCAAGCCCUCGGAGGGCAUUCAGGCCACAUCCUUCAAGGAGGGCGACAAGUUCUACAUCGGAUCCGAGAAGCUCCUCCCGCUGGAGAAGUUCCUUCCCAAGCCGAAGCCCCCCCCAGGUGCGCCCAAAGUCAAGCGAGCAGGCCGCGGUGGCCCGGCAAGAGGUGGCCGCGGCGGCCGUGGUGGCUUUGGCGGUCGCGGAGGUGCCCCGAGAGGUGGCCGUGGCGGCAGCGGUUUCGGCGGUCGCGGAGGUGGUGGUUUUGGCGGUCGCGGCGGUGGUGGUUUCGGCGGUCGUGGCGGUGCGCCGAGAGGAGGCGGCGGCUUCAGCGGUGGUCGGGGUCGGGGCGGCUUCAGCAGAGGAGGCCGGUAGGCUGUGGCUUUGAUCGUCAACUCAUAGGAGGGGAGGGUUUCUUCUGUUGGACUACGACUCUGGCGUUCUGGUUUGCUUUGCUUUUACAAACAUUGGUCCUGGCGGUAGGGCCUCAGGCUGCAUGUACAUCAUCCACUGUGGUCACCCAAAAAUAGAGAAAAGUACUGAUCGCGAGCUUUCGUAAGAUGCCCUAACUGUAAUGUCAUCUGGCGUGUGUGGGAUAUUGAAAUGGGUUUGA